UUAAGUGACGCAAAAAAAGUGAUGCAAAAAUGCCUAAAGUGCUUUAUACGCAAAAGUUUCGCGAUGCUUGGAUGCAGGCUAGUGAGUUCAAGGCCUGGAUCCGGAAGGAUGAGACGGAUUUGUCAAAAGCUUACUGUAGCUACUGCAAAUGCAGUAUUAAAGCGAAAAUAUUCGAUUUAAGGGCUCAUGCUGAGACGAAGAAGCACAUUUCGGCAUCGAGUUGCUUCAGUCAAACCAACAAAAUUUCGUUCUCUCGGAUGGCUACGAAGCAAACAGAGCAGGAAGCAGCGUUGUGCCUAUUUAUAGCAGAGCACACUGCUAUUGCACAAAUAGACCACCUCAGCAGAUUGUGUGUGCAUAAUUUUGGCGCGUGUCCUUCUGCUGCAAAAAUAAGGCUUGGCCGAACAAAGUGCACAAGCAUUAUUAACAACGUUUUGGCGCAGCACUUCGAUGAAGACUUAACUGCAGACAUUGGUGAUUCGAAUUAUAGCCUGCUCCUGGAUGAAUCUACAGAUGUCAGCGUAACAAAGCUAGUUGUUGCCCUUGAAAAUCCCUAGAGUCUGCGAGACUAGAUGGCUUUCAAUUGAGCUGGCGGUGACCAGGAUUGUUGAUCAGUGGACUGAGCUAAAAUUGCAUUUUUCCAUAGCUUCACUCCAGGAAAACUGUCACAAAGCCAAAAUCUUGCACGAACUGUACAGUGACGAAGUAAAUUGCCUUUACUUAUUGUUUUUGAAGCCGAUAUAGUGGAAAUGCAGCGCUUAAACAAAAACUUUCAAAGCAGAAAUUCAAAUGCUACAAAACUUUUGAAAGAUUUAAUAGCAACAAUCAAAUCGUUGAAGGCCUUAAUUAUACCACCAAGCUGUGAUAUCGACAUUUUGAAAUUUGAUUUCAAAUGUAUGGUUGAAACUAAUCUAAGCUUGGGGUAUGACUUUGAAAAAAAAAUUAAGUCCUUACAACUUCAGGAGCAGAUCGAAGUUGAAAUUCGAACGAAGUGUGCGUUUCGUUGUGGAGUUGGUCCAACAGCUAAGAGCCAGAUUGCCGAAGAACUUCGAAACGCUGGAAAAAAUAAAUGUUUUUUCUGUUGAUAGGAUUUUGAGAGCUCAAAAAGAGAAAAUUGAAGAUUUCUUGGAGCAGCUCAAUGUGGAAAAUAUAAGCGAUAUCCUAACGCAAUACGGAAAGAUCCAUUUAUUUUACUGGGAGAACAAGGAGGACACUGUCAAAUUUUGGGCAGAAGUGCUGAGCUUUAGGGACUCAGGUGACAACAACCCUUUCAAGUCCUUAGCGCUGUUUGCUAUAAGGCUACUCUGUUUGCCUUGGUCAAAUGCUGAGGUAGAGCGUGUGUUCAGUCAAAUGAACAUAGUAAAAAGUAACCUCAGAAACAGGUUACAUAUAAAAACACUAAAUUCAAUUUUAAAAAUAAGAUACGGCCUGCGCAGAAAUGGAAAAUGCUGCCACGAUUAUGAAGUGCCAACGAAAUUUUUAAAAAUGAUGGCCGAAAAUGAGAAAUAUAACAAUGAAGACAGUGAAGAUGUAGAUUUAAUAAAAUCAUUAUUGGACAUUUAAAUUAAAAUUCAAUUUUUUGGUUA